AUGCCCCCGCCUCUCUCUCCUCUCUGCCUCCCUUUUUUUCCCCCGGGUCAAUUACUCUUGACCACUUCACCCACCCCCCCCCCCCGUCAGCCCCCUAAGUGCCGUACUUUUCCGUACCUGAACUUGUCCGUCCGUCCCCAUUCCUUUGCCUUCCGUCUGGUUGAACUAGAACCGGCGAUCAACCACAUUCAGCGUGCACAAACCUCCCUUCAUCCAAUUUCUCCCGUGCCUCCCGGGACUGCUGAGCAAUGCCACACACACCCCUUCUCCCUUGAGUCUCUUAAGUCUACUGAGGUUGCUUCAAUUAUUGCAUACUUUUUGCUUUUCUCCACAGAAGAGUGAGAGUCUCGAAUGCGUACUUGUGUACUGUGCACGGCGUACUCUGUUGUGGACGACGGUAUACUCCGUAGCAAAGAGGGACGGACCACUUAGAAUCAGUAUCCAAAAGGGAAAUAAAUCUGAAGUUCUGAACGGCACACCAUGACGGUUGC